AUGACUUUCAAGUUGGUCACCGUUCUUGUCACUCUAGUCAUCCAGGCGCUUGCGUCUCCAGCCGAGCCACCUCAACCCCACAACCCUGAGAACUGGUCCGUGAUGGCCUUCCGACGUGUAUGCCCUAAGGAUCAGGGCCAAUGCAGCUACAGCUUUCUCAUUUCUGAAGACCCGACCAAAGCCCCCAAGUAUUGCAACUUCGCCGUCGAUGCCACUGGUGGACUCCCUGCAUACCAAACUGACUUCUCCGUUCUCAAAUGCCCCGAUGCCCCAGAGUACACCAUCAAUGGUGGCUGGGAUGAGCGCCAGUUUAUCACCUUGACUGUAAUCAACGAGCAGAGGAACCUUCUAUCCUUCUUCGCCUUCAAGGAUGCGGAUCUGUGGGCUGGCACCGAAGCCACUCCUCAAACCUCCAAGGCCUUCAUCUAUCCCAUGCCCGCCAAGCGAGAGGUGAAGCAGAAAGAGCAGGGGGAGGCCGAGGACCAAAGGAAGCGGCUGGAAGAGGCGAAGAAGAAGAAACAAGAAAAGGAGAGGGAGGAAGGGAAGAAGCUAGAGGAAGCGAGGAAAAAGGAUUGGGGGAUUGCCUAUGCUUCAGAGUGGAAGCUUGUGGACGUCACCAAAUAUGAGUUCAACUCUGGACCUUACACCGAUAGACUCGUUAUGGUGUUUGGGAUCCAGAGUGGCAACUCAACAAUCGAAGCCUGUCAUAUAAACAUUCCAUUGUUCGAAGGACUUCGGGCACUGGGCAAGAGCUUCGCACAUCAAGAGUGCAAACACGGUGGCUGGUCAGCUUCUUGGGGCCAGAACGAGACCACAGGCAUGGCUGUCAUGACCUUGAUCAAGUAA